CCCGCUCCCUCCUAGCAUGAACCCCUCAGACUCUUGCCUCUCAUGGGGGAAGGGGCUUCUGGGUCCCCUUAAAACCCCUACCCCACUCCCCCAGGGCUGUUCUGCAGCUGCUGGAGAGAGAGAUGCAGAAUGAAUGAAUUUUGGGUUUCUGGAGGAGACCAGGGAAGAAAGGUUGGAAACUAACUCUGCCAGAAACUGCUUGUUUGGAAUUUUUAAAAUUUCCCUUCAUUUCCACCACAAACCUGUCUCUUCCCAGGACAUCAAGACAUGGGCUCCUCUUGCCUGGAAGAGAAACAGCUGGAAAUGGGCUCCCUGAGACAGGCGGGCUGCUCGUCUUCCUCCGGCCAUACAUUGUAAACGAAGCAAGGCACACAAAAUAGCCUGACGUGGUGUGGCGAGCAAGUGUGAAGUGUACAGGCUGUGAUUCCACUCUUCGCUGUCUGCCGGAAUCCAAUUGGCUCUGCAAUUGAGAGGAACUUUUCUUUCCAUUCAGCAGCUGAGUGUUUCUCUUGGCUGGAGUGCAUCUUGGAAUGACGUCGACGGCAAUGCCCAUAGCCUCCAGAGUCAGGGGCCUGCAUGCCAGGCACCACCACUCCGGCUCCUGCAGCCCUCUGAGUCAGCUCUUGCCUGGCUCCGUGGAGCCGCCGUCCAUCAAGGGCCAUUACUACCGCAGGGCCCGGAAGGUGGGUGCGCUGGACGCCUCCCCAGCGGCAGACCUGAAGAAGGAGAUCCUGGUGAACGUCGGGGGCAAGAGGUAUGUUCUUCCCUGGAGCACGCUGGACGAGUUUCCCCUGAGCCGCCUGAGCAAGCUCAAGUUCUGCCGGAACCAGGAGGAGAUCGCGCAGCUCUGCGACGAUUACGAUGAGGACAACCAGGAGUUCUUCUUCGACAGGAGCCCCAGCGCUUUCGGAAUGAUCGUGAGCUUCCUGGCGGCCGGCAAGCUGGCCCUCCUGCGGGAGAUGUGUGUGCUGUCCUUCCAGGAGGAGCUGACCUACUGGGGCAUCGAGGAAGCCAACCUGGAGAAAUGCUGCCUGCGGAAGCUGCUGAAGAAGCUGGAGGAGCUGGCCGAGCUGCGCAGGGAGGAGGCGCUGCAGCGUCAGAGGGAGGCGUGCGGCCCCACCGUGGUCGCCUCGCGCUGGGGGCUCUUCAUGAACUGGCUGCGGGAGAUGGUGGAAAACCCGCAGUCGGGGCUGCCUGGGAAGGUCUUCGCUUGCCUGUCCAUCCUCUUCGUGGCCACCACGGCGGUCAGCCUGUGUGUCAGCACCAUGCCCGACCUGAGGGCCGAGGAGGACAAGGGUGAGUGCUCUCAGAAGUGCUACUACAUUUUCAUCGUGGAGACUGUCUGCGUGGCGUGGUUUUCCCUGGAGUUCUGCCUUCGGUUUGUCCAGGCCCGGAACAAGUGCCAGUUCUUCCAAGGGCCCCUGAACAUCAUUGACAUCCUGGCCAUCUUCCCCUAUUAUGUGUCCCUGGCGGUGUCGGAGGAGCCCCAGGAGGAGGACGACAGACCGGGUGGCAGCUCCUACCUGGAGAAGGUGGGGCUGGUGCUGCGUGUGCUGCGGGCCCUGCGCAUCCUCUACGUGAUGCGCCUGGCCCGCCACUCGCUGGGGCUGCAGACGCUGGGCCUCACCGUGCGCCGCUGCACGCGAGAGUUUGGCCUGCUUCUCCUUUUCCUUGGUGUGGCCAUCACCCUCUUCUCCCCUCUGGUCUACGUGGCUGAGAAUGAGUCCGGGCGGGUCCUGGAGUUCACCAGCAUCCCAGCCUCCUACUGGUGGGCCAUCAUCUCCAUGACGACGGUGGGCUAUGGAGACAUGGUCCCACGCAGUGUGCCGGGCCAGGUGGUGGCCCUCAGCAGCAUCCUGAGUGGGAUCCUCAUCAUGGCCUUCCCAGCCACAUCCAUCUUCCACACUUUCUCACACUCCUACUUGGAGCUCAAGAGGGAGCAAGAACAAGUCCAGGCCCGCCUCCGCAGCCUGCAGAAAGCCACCACGACCAGUGAACAUGAGCUCCUGAGUGAUGUGGACGACCUGAUCCUGGAGGGACCCACUUCCCCUAUCAAAUACAUUUGACUCAAAACCCCUUGUGAACCUGCCAGCACUUCAGUCCAUCGCCCUCAGCUGACAUGGGCUUGAAAACGGCAGGUGUAGACCAUGUGUUGGUACAUUUCUAGAGCUCGGGGGGCAGCUCCUGAAGCUGAGGGGCCCAAGGCCAACAGUGGGGUGGUUGUGAUUCCUGACCCUCCUAGCCACCACAAUGCAGACUGCCAUUAGCUGUGUCACUUAUCUUUUAUUGUCUCCCUGCCCAUCCCUGAGCACAUCCACUUUUGCUGGGUUAGGUCAGUCUCCAUUCUCAUUUCCUGCCCAGCAGAGUGUUCAACAUCCCAAGCUGGAAUCCAUUCCCCUGCAGAGCUGAGCCUACAGAAUUCCGCUCCUAUCCAAAGACCCUCUUUCCUGGGCCACCCCGGCACCAGGACCUGGAGGGGCCAGUCACUGCAGACCCCCCUGCUCAGACCUCCCCACCUAGCCCCAUCAGGGCUCCAGCAGGAAUCAGUAUGCUCUCCUGCUCACCACCGCCAGUGGUUUUCCUAACACAGCCGCCUUCCCCCAGCUCUGGAAGCUCUUACUGAGAAGGCAGAACUGGUCUCUUUGUGUUAAAUUGCACAGAGACUGGGAGCGUGCCAUCCUUCCUGAGUUGCCUGGGACCUGGGUAGAAAUGCUACUUGCCAGCCACAGCAAGACCCCCUUGGCCAACUAGAUCCUGGUGGGACAUUCUCCAACUAUCCAGUCCUUGACCUUGACAGAGGCUUCCUCUUGCAGGGCUCUGAAUUGUCCCUUGAGAGGGUUGUUCCUGCUGGUGGUUGUGCCAGCACUGUGGGGACCUAGGCUUUCCACCCUCGGCAAAGCCACCACGGACAGACGCAGUGCAGCUUCAGUGCAGAAACAAGGGCAGCCUUAGGAUCUGCCCCUUGCCAGCACCCUGGACCGAGCCUUCGAUGCCAGAGGAUGGACGUCCUCAGCUUAUAUUUAAAUGUAUCUAUUUAUGUAUCCAUUCACUCAAUAACACAAUUUGGCCCUUUGCAUCCAGUGCAGGGGGCGGAUAUAGGACCAAGUCGUGUGAGAUAAAAGCAGUGCCCGCUGAGGCCAGAGAGGAGAGAACAAUGAAUUCUGAGCAUUCGGCUCCCAGAGGUUCCUCACAGAGACACAGAAGGGCUGAGUAGGGAGGGGUGUCUAGAGGCUGGAAAAGUGGGUUGGGGUGAGAAGUCGUGGGCUGUGGGUGCUGCGCAGAGGAUCUGGAAGAUUUGGUGAAUGGAAAGAGGAUGUUGGAGAUGCUGGGGAAAGAAGUGAUGGGAACGGACUGCAGGGUGGAUGAUGAUGAUGGGAUGGGGUGUGGGAAGACCGGUUUGGUGCAGAGAAUGAUUGAGCAGUUUAGGCGAGGCACGAGGGCCCACCUCCUGCCAGUUAUUUGUUGUUCAUUGUGAAGCCAAGUUCUGGCAUCUAGUCUGUGGUUGGUUCCCCAGCAAAGCACACCUGGGAGAGGUCUCAGGGGCACGUGCCCUGAGGGACUCGGCCACUUCUCACUCCAGCUCUGCCUCCUGCUGGGACUGGCUUCCAGCCCAGCCCCUUCGUUUCCCUUUGUGUCACAAACCAGGCAUCUUAACAAACUGUGCGGGGUCUGAAAGAAAAAUAGGCAAGCCUAUCAGUAACAUUACGAGGUUCUAUAGUUUCUUAGUACAUGCCCAGUAGAAAUUCUUUAUAAAAUUAGAAGUGGAAAAUUGGAAUCAAUUACCCACAUGUGGAGUUUAAUUAAAUGGUCUAUUUUUAAUCCCCAGUAAUGUUCUGGGGGACUAGUCUAGCCUCUGAGCAGACUUUACUUCAUGACGAUUGGAUGGUGUAGGGGAGACAGGAGAGUUGCUAGGCAGUGUCUUUAUCCCUAUUGGCUGGAAGGAGUCUUGUGACUCCCAGAGGGUUUGUUUUAUCUGAGGCCAAUGGGUGUGACUGUAGCCAAAGGGAGAAAAUUUCCAGCUAUAAAAAAACAGCAAAUAGCCUUUACUUCAAGCCACUUUCAUGUUGUGUUGUAGAUACAUCUCCAAGAAGUAACUUUAAAAUAUUGUUUCAACAUCAUUCUAGCCAGACAGAGUUGAGCCCCCAAAAAUGACUCGGGGGUGGAUGGUUAAUUCUUCAAUGCAAUGCAAAUGGGACUCUACCCACUGGCUCUAUUUUGAUGGCUUUUAGGACUUGAUAAACUGGUAACUGGAAGGCCCUUCAGAAGACAGUCUAAGCUGAGACUUUCCAUGAGAGGGUCUGGGAACCUCUGGAGAUUAUGCAUUUCCAAGUGCACAGCUUCAAAAAGGGGUCCAAUGAUUUCAUCAGAUCCCCAGAGGAAUCCGUGACCCCGCAAAAAGGAUGAAAAGUUCUUGAGUAAGUCACCUCCUGCAUUUUAAGAUGGGGAGACCAAGACUCAGAGAGGGAAAGCCGCCUGCCUGAGGCCACGUAGCCAGUUCGUUCAGUUAGAUCCAAGUGUCCAGGUUCCCAGCAGUGCACCCUUCACAGUGCGUAUGAGACACUGCAGCUCUUAGGCUCGUCUGAAACGGUGCCCGAGCCCUCAGAGAAAACCCUUGGGACAAGGUGAUAGCGACCCUCUGCCAUGCUAUCCUGCGCCAAGUGAACAGGGGUGUCCGGGAUAUUUCGGGCGCCCACGCUCACCCUCCUUCACCGUGUAACAGUGGGCCUGGAGCUUGGCAUCACCGCGCCUUCCCCUUCCCCGUGAUCCCAUGGAAACGGUAGAUGCGAUGGUGGUUAAAGUCUCUCUCAGCAUGGACAGCUGAUGAUUCUGGGAAGUGGAGUUCAUUGCAAUGAUUCGUACCGUGGAGGGGCAGGUAAGAAACAAGGAGAGAGGAGAGAAAAACAGACCUUGGCCCCUGACUCUCCAUAGAAUCGCUCCCUUAGCAAAUGUCAGCAAGUAGUUCAAGUUUGAAUAGGAGUCCACUGAGACCGCCGUCCACCAGCUGCCUGUCAUGUUCCUACCCACCCCACCUGGGUCCUUACCCCACCUGACCCCGUGCCUGCCAGCACCUGGCUAUUCACGCCCAGCUGCCUGCCCCUCUCCAGCAGCAUUACACUCCCUGCCUCCCCUUCCUCGAGCUGAAAUGCUAGUAGUGGGCAUCACUUAUUGAAUGAUAUUUAGGCAAGUGAUUGGUUAACAUCUCAUUUGGAAAAACGUGCUAAACUAACCCCCCAAAAAGUGUUGCAAGGACAAAAAUAGUAUCUAGAACACUUGA